AUGAGUGUUAUGGAAUAUACAAGUAGUAGAAACAACGGCGUGAAUGGUGCUGGAAGCAGUGAUGCUGAAGGUACCACGCCCGGCAGGUGUCCCAUGGGUGAGCAGCGUGGGCCUGGUCGUCAUCAUGCAACUGCUAGGACUGGAUGGACUAAGGAAAAGAAUAUAGCUGUCAUGGAGUGCUAUUUUUUGAGUAAUCCUGUCGAUGAAAAUGGUAAACCAAGUAGGGGUUAUAGAAGAAGGAUGCAUAAUAUUUGGAAUGAAAGACAAAGUUUCAAUAUAACUGAGCAGAGAUUGUGUGACCAAGCUCGAAUGAUACGUAAAAAUGAAUGGUUAACAGCGCUAGAACUUGAAGAGAUUAGGAAAAGAAUGGUGAAUGUAAACUUUGAAGAGGGUGUAAGCGAAGAACAAGAUGUUGACGAGGCUGUUGUGGAAGGUAAUAGUACAGAGGAUGACCAACCUGGUUCCGUGUUGAUGAAUAUACAAGAACUAACUGACGAGGAAAGAGAAAUUAUUGAAGAAAUAAGUAGUAUAACUGAGCACAAUCUUGACAUGGAACUACAGGGGUUUAAGAAGGUGGAGAGAACAUUACUCAGGAAACAUGUAAAAGAGGUGAAUAACGUUUUGGGAAAUAUUGUAACAGAAAGUAUAUCUGGAACAAAUAACUGCACCAUCUUGAUAGGAAGAAAAUUAGGUCUCAAACCUUAUCGCAAAAGGGCUAAUGGAAUGAAAGAACCUUGGUGGAAAAGGAGAAUAAAGGUGUCAAUAAAGGAAAUACGUAAACACAUCAAUAUACUCGAAAGAAAGGAAAGGGGAGAUUUGAAGAGAAUGGAAAAAUAUAAGGAACUUGAGCAGAAAUAUAGGAUAAAGAGAAAGGGGUUGUUCCAGCAAGACCAAAAACGGGUUUACCAACAGCUGGGUGGAAAGGUAAACAGCAAUGAAAAGCCUGAUGCUAUUGAAAGUAAACAGUUUUGGAGUAACAUUUGGGAUAACAAAGUAGAUCAUAAAAAAGAUACUGAAUGGCUGAGAGAAUUACGAGCGGCUAAAGGCGAUGGGAAACAAGAUGAUAUUAGAAUUACGACUGAGAUGGUGAUCCAGCAAACAAGAAAGAUCCCAAACUGGAAAUGCCCUGGACCUGAUGGGGUACAAGGGUAUUGGUUGAAAAGUUUCACAGCAUUGCAUGAGAGAAUUGCAGAUCAAUUAAACGGCAUGAUUUACAACGGAGUUGAAAUUCCCAAAUGGAUGACCACCGGUAAGACCGUUCUAUGCCAAAAAGAUCCUGACAAAGGAAAUGCUGCUGACAACUAUCGGCCUAUCUCUUGUUUACCUUUGAUGUGGAAGCUGAUGACAGGGAUCAUAUCCAACGUUUUGUAUGAUUUUUUGGAGGAUGCUGAUAAGUUGCCAAAUGAGCAGAAAGGUUGCAGGAGGAGAAGCAGAGGGACGAAGGACCAACUGCUCAUCGAUAAAACAGUGCUGAAUGACUGUAGAAAGAGACAUACCAACCUGGGAAUGGCGUGGAUCGAUUAUAAGAAGCCUAUGAUAUGGUCCCCCAUUCCUGGAUUCUCGAAAGUCUGGAACUGGCAAAUGUGGCGGAUAAUGUUAUUAGUUUCAUCACGAGAUCUAUGA